AUAGCAUUUAUAGGAGGGAGCUCUUCUAGCUUUGCAGGAAAGCUGAGACGAUAGCAAUGGACUCUUCAAGACUGGCGUUGCUAUUCUUUCUCGUUUCUAUCCAACUUUCUGCUCUCACAUCUGUUCAGUCAGAAAAGCUCCUUCGACUCUGUUCGACCCAAAGCAACUUCACCAUGAAUAGCACCUACGGGAACAAUCUCAAACACCUCUUUUCCACCAUUACCUCCAACACCCAGAUAGACUACGGUUUUUACAACGUUUCUUAUGGCCAAAACUCUGACAAGGUCAGUGCUAUAGGUCUGUGUAGAGGAGAUGUUAAGCCAGAUAUUUGCCGUAGUUGCAUAACUAACGCCACUAAUGAGUUCACAGAAUACUGCCCUAACCAGAGGGCCGCCAUUGUUUGGUACGAUGAGUGCAUGUUGAGAUACUCAAAUCGUUCCAUAUUUGGUGAAAUGCAAUUCCAACCUGCUCUGGUAAUGCAAAAUGUCAACAAUGUCUCCAACGUAAAUCAAUUCAAUCAGGUGUUGGCAACCUUGCUGGAUGGCCUUAGAACUCAAGCGGCCUCUGGCGAUUCCCUUCGCAAGUUUGCAAUAGGGAAUGCUACUGUUUCCAACUCGCAAGCUAUGUACGCAUUGGCUCAGUGCACUCCUGAUUUGUCCCAAGUGGAAUGUAACAAUUGCCUGAGUAAUGCCACGGAAUUACUUCCACAAUGUUGUAGUGGGAGGCUAGGAGCCAGAAUUCUGACACCAAGCUGUACUGUUAGGUAUGAGAAUUAUAUCUUCUAUGGCCCUUCGUUUGAUAUGCCACCCCCAACGAUGUCACCAGCAUCACCGCCGGUUGAUGACGUACCAUCUGAUGCACCGCCACCAUCUUCACUAGUGACAACAGCGGCUCCUCCCCAGCAACCUAAUCUUGCUACCAGAAAAGGUAACACGAACUGCUGCAGAUUUCAAGUCCUGGCUCCAAUGGUUUCAUUUGCAAUACUUUAUAUUUUGAAAUCUCUUUAAUCUAAAGAAGUAGGAAGCUGUGAGAUCAAAGAUCUUUUACUCAUUACUUGCUAGUUUAUGUCGCCUCUUCAGCAGCACUUGUAUUUUAUGUAUGGAAAAUCGAGAAUUGAGAGCUUGCAAUCAUACUUUCAUUUAAAGGUCA